AUGGAAUUAUACAAAGAUCAGCUCAUUGAAACUCAAGGAUGUCUGAGAAGAACAAAUGGUGAAAGGUUGGAUUAUGCCGACUCCAUUGCAAGAAAGUUUCAAGAAAAAGAGAAUGCUAAAGUUCCUGCUGAAAGAGAACAGUCCCGUAUCACCCAAGGUGAGCCUAGUAGAAGAGGGUAUGGUGUAUCAACCGGGACCAGAUCUAAGCGAGCACCAACCAACGAUGAAAAUCCAAGGCCAACCAAAAGAGGCGGAGGUAGAAGUGGUGGUAAUCGCGGAGGCCGAAGCAAUAGUGGUGGUCGUGAUGGGCAAUCCGGUUAUGAUCAAGGAGGUCGUGCCAAUGGCGGUGAUCGUAGUGGGAGAUCCAGUGGAAGCGGUCGUGGUGGUCGCACUCUUCCUCCUUUUCGCAAUCUGUUAAUCGGUCAAGAGAUGAAGGGUGAAGGGAUGAGCUAUGAAGGAACUCGAUCGAUCCUCGAGUGA